AUGGCCUUUUCUAAGCUGGAUCUAUCUAUCUAUCUAUCUAUCUAUCUAUCUAUCUAUCUAUCUAUCUAUCUAUCUCAGUCUGCUCAUAUCUAUCUAUCUAUCUAUCUAUCUAUCUAUCUAUCUAUCUCAUUCUUUCUUUUAGUUCAUAUAUAUUUUGGCGCGUUUACAUCCAUCUCAGUUUGUCUAGAUCUUUCCAUAUCUAUCUAUCUAUCUAUCUAUCUAUCUAUCUAUCUAUCUAUCUAUCUAUCUAUCUAUCCUCUAAGCUUUCAAUUUAGUGUUCUUUUCUUUCUUUCAUUUUUACUUUCUUUUUUCUUUCUUUCAAUCUAUCUGUUACAACCUAUAAAUUAUGAUGCUCCUAUCUAUCUACCUACCUACCUAUCUAUCUAUCCAUCUAUCUAUCUAUAUCAUUCUAUUCAUAUCGUAUGUAUUAGAAACUGUUUCUAUCUAUUUAUAUAUCUAAUCGAAACCGUUUCUAUCUAUCUAUCUAUCUAUCUAUCUAUCUAUCUAUCUAUCUAUCUAUCACAGCCUUUUUUUUUUUUUCUAUCUAUCUAUCUAUCUAUCUAUCUAUCUAUCUAUCUAUUAGAAUCACUUCAUCUCUCUCUCUCUCUAUCUAUCUCACUAUCUCUCUCUCAGUGUGUUCCUCUGUAUUUAUCUAUCUGA